AAAGCCGGAGGAGUUGUUAGGUACCUUUACUAGUUGCCACACUGUGACAGAGCAGAAACAGCGACCCAAGUGCAGGCGCGAGCAUCGACACCAAUCAUCGUAGAUUCAUUCAUCGGGGAUGGCUCAGGAAGCAAAACCCAUCACGAGUCCUGUACCAGAAGCGUUGUAUCCAACCUUAGCCAUUUUCAUGCUCGCGAUCGGCUUAGUAGUCACCGCUUCAUUCUUCAUCUAUGAAGCCACUGCAUCCAAACAACGUCGCAGUUUAGCAAAGGAGCUUACAACUGGUGCGGCAGCAUCUGUUUUCUUGGGUUUUGGAUCAUUGUUCCUGCUACUUGCAUGUGGAGUUUAUGUUUGACUUCUAUAGACGGUUGACAGGGGUUUGAAAAAAAAAAUUCAGAAAGUUUUAUUUCAAAAUGAUACUUGUGAUGUUAUUUCAAGAAGUCAUGCUUAGUUGUUAAUGUGAGACCAACCCUUAGGUGUUAUAUAAUCCAAGGCCGACAAAUUUUUUUCA